GGACGAUGUCAGGGACUAUGUUUGCCUACAAACGUGGGCCAUAUGAUGAUGCGCGUGCAGAGUCCGUGUGUAUGCUUAAUCCCAUUUCCUUAUCCGGGGUUCAUCCUGGAGGCACACCAUUGGCCGGCCACUCUCACGUGGCUUUUUAACUUUGUUCACUUGACAGAAAAGUAGGAGGGUUCAACGGAACAUGAAUAACCGAAGAGUAAAGGGAUGAGAUAUAAAUUGUAGUUAUAUAUUUUCCGAGUAGGUGCAAUUCCACAAAAAUACUGACAUUAAUGGCCAUGAGCUCCUAUUUGAUCAACUCCAACUAUGUGGACCCGAAGUUCCCCCCGUGCGAGGAGUAUUCACAGAGCGACUAUCUGCCCAGCCACUCUCCGGACUACUACAGCUCCCAGAGGCAGGAGGCUGCCGCCGCCUUCCAGCCGGACUCCCUCUACCACCACCAGCCCCACCAGCACCACCCCCAGCAGCGCGGGGAGCCGCCGUACACGCCGUGCCAGCGUCCGGGGCAGCCGGCUUCGGUGGUGAUGUCCCCGCGGGGUCACGUCCUCCCCGCGGCCGGGCUACACGCGUCCGCCGCCGUGGCGGAGCUGAGCCGCCGCUGCGACUCGGUGACGCCCAGCCCGCCGCCGCCCGCCGCCACUCUCGGCCAAACGCCCCACAGCCACGACACGUCGUCCCCGACGAGCGCCAAGGACCCCGUCGUCUAUCCGUGGAUGAAAAAAGUCCAUGUAAACAUCGUAAACUCGAACUUCACAGGCGGUGAGCCGAAGCGCUCGCGGACGGCCUACACGCGCCAGCAGGUCCUGGAGCUCGAGAAGGAGUUCCACUACAACCGGUACCUGACGCGCAGGCGCAGGGUGGAGAUCGCCCACACGCUUUGCCUGUCGGAGCGGCAGAUCAAGAUCUGGUUCCAGAACCGCCGGAUGAAAUGGAAGAAGGAUCACAAGCUUCCCAACACCAAGGUCCGCUCCGGAACCAACAGCAACAAUACAAACGCCCAGGCUUUGACCGGGCCGCAGAACCGCGUCGGGCCCCUAUAGCCCGGUUCGCCCUCUCCACGUUCCCCAAAAUGAACGCCGAAGAGGCACCGGAGCCCGCACUUUGGAACAGAAUAGCGCCUGUGCUCUGGAAGGAUGGAGGGGGAGGAAGGGGGGGUCUUACUGCCGCUUGUUCGACCUUGAUUUUUGGUAAAGUAACACGCUUAACAUUUGACGGUAUGAGGUGGGGGGGGG